AUGGCAACCGAAGACGAGAGAUACCGGCAGUCGAGCCAGUUCCGCCUCUGGUCCUUUUCGCCAACCAGCCUGCGAGAGCUUCGCGUCAAGACAAACGACCUCGCCAAGCAGCAAAUCUCGCCGCGAUUCGCCGCAGAUGCCCAGCCCGAGUUCCUGACGCCCGCCGAGGAGACAAUGCUCGUGCAGUUCUUCACCACGGAGCUUAUCCGCGCCGCCCAGUUCUGCGAGCUCCCGACCGAGAUUCGAUCCACGGCCGCCGUCUUCUUUCGCAGAUUCUACAUUACAAACUCCGUCAUGACGUAUCCCCCCACGGAGCUGCUCAAGACGUCGCUGUUCUUCGGGUGCAAGGCCGAGGGAUACUACAUUCGGCUGGCCAAGCUGGCCGAGAUGUUUCCCAACACGACGAGCGAGCAGAUCCUGGCGGGCGAGUUCUUGCUCUGCCAGGGCAUUCGGUUCGCGUUUGACGUGCGGCAUCCGUUUAGGGCGCUGGAGGGAGCCAUACUGGAGCUGAGGAAGCGUCUCCCAGAGGAAGAGGGCAGGGUGGCCAAGGCCCACGCGAUGGCUCGAGAUAUUCUCAAGUUCAGCCCCUUGCUAACCGACGCCUACUUUCACUACACGCCAAGUCAAAUCAUGAUGGCAGCUCUUCUGAUGGUGGACAAGGAGCUGGUUGACCUGCUGAUUCCCGUUGCUCCGCCUGGAGACGAUGGCCAGCAUGAGGCGUCACAUGCGGAAAUGCGAGAAAAGAUAUUCAAGACGAUUGAGAGCUGCCGCUCCAUGCUGGAAAAGGAACCUCCACAGAGAAUGAAGGACCACUGGGAAACGCCGGACCUCGUCAAGUCUAUGAAACCCCUUCGAAAGAAGCUGCAAAAGUGCAGAGAUACCGACAGAGCAGAUCUAGUAGCGCUCCAGCGAGCAAGACGCGAACAAGCCACGACAAAAGUCAAGAAGCCGACACCACAGAGCGACGGAGCAGUCUUUGGAGAUGCUGUCGAAGCAAGGGACCCGAAGCGGAGAAAGUUGGAGGCUGCCAACGAUUUGUUUGGCCCGGCGCUAUGA